AUGACUUCCGAGGUAUUGGACCCUGUUGUUGGAGGGGACGAGCGUAUUCUCCCACCAGAAUAUGAGCUGAAUGAAGCGGAACCCGAACAUUGUCCCGGCCCGGAAUCCGAGAUGGCCGGGAAGGCCGAUGCAUGUGAUGGCUGUGCUAAUAAGGAGAUUUGUGAAAGCUUGCCCAAGGGGCCAGACCCUGAUAUACCUUUAAUCACGGAUAAUCUUAGUGGAAUAGAUCAUAAAAUUCUUAUAUUAUCAGGGAAAGGUGGUGUCGGGAAAUCUACGUUCACCACCAUGCUUAGCUGGGCACUAUCUGCGGAUGAAGAUUUGCAAGUGGGUGCAAUGGACUUAGAUAUAUGUGGUCCGUCCUUACCUCACAUGCUUGGCUGUACCCAGGAAGUUAUCCACGAAUCAAAUUCCGGGUGGACACCGGUUUAUGUUGCCGAUAACCUGGCCACCAUGUCUAUCCAGUUCAUGUUGCCCGAGGACGACUCUGCCAUAAUUUGGAGAGGCUCCAAAAAGAACCAGCUAAUAAAGAAGUUUUUAAAGGAUGUGGAAUGGGAUCGCCUAGACUAUUUGGUGAUAGAUACUCCUCCUGGAACCUCUGAUGAACAUAUUUCCAUCAACAAGUUCAUGCAAGAUUCUGGUAUUGACGGAGCACUGAUUGUCACCACACCACAGGAAGUGGCACUGUUAGACGUACGAAAGGAGAUUGAUUUUUGUAGGAAGGCUGGAAUAAAUAUCCUCGGCUUAGUGGAAAACAUGAGCGGGUUUGUUUGCCCAAACUGCAAAGGCGAGUCCCAAAUUUUCAAGCCAACAACAGGUGGUGGUAAGGCGCUGUGCGAGGAGAUGAAUAUCAAAUUUCUGGGAUCAGUACCAUUAGAUCCACGGAUAGGCAAAUGCGCGGACUUUGGUGAAAGUUUCCUAGACAACUACCCAGAUAGUCCUGCUUCAAUAGCAGUGCUGGACGUAGUAGAGAGCCUAAGGGAUGCUGUCGGAGAUGUCUAA